ACAAACCAUUUCCAGUUGAUUGAAAAGCGCCUCGGGGCAUGCUAUUAUCUGAAUUGUUGGUAUAAAAUACAGUUCUCUCGCUGUGUGUAUCAAACUUGGUGGUUUUCAUACGUGUAUCUGGCGUCCUUGCAUGUACAUAUACAAAGCAGUGAUUUUAUUUGGGAAAUUGGCUCACGCCCAACAAAUCAUUUGCAGUGAGAUGUGUAUUAUCGAUGUGCUGACGCAGGAUAAGGAAGUUUUGCCAAGAGGCGUCAGUUGUGUUGUAGGGCGAGCGCGAGACCCUGGAUUUAUUCUGCCCGCGCGCGACAUGAACGUCAACACAAGCUCCAUACACCCGUUUGCACAGGACUCGUUGGCCAAACUGCCUCACAUUUUCGAACGCAGUAUGGACAACACACACACCCCUUGAAUUCUACAUCCGAUUUGCUUUGCCAUGCAACCAUUCUCCACAAACACACUCGGAUCAUACCAGGCGGGGUCAGCGUAUUAGCACCAUCGCAUCGCACACCACCAUGGAUCACGCAACUCUGGUUUUCGCAUCCGUGUUCCCCGUCCCGUCCCUCUCUCAUACCACUCCCACGCCGGUCGCGACACCAGAUUUAGGCCAUACGGCGCCGGGUACCUCUUUUGGCAGUCCAUUUGUGGGCAAUAGCGGAGGAGAGCUGCAUCAUGCUGCCAGGCGCAAUGUUGCUUGGAGUACGGCCACACGCUUUCUAGGCUUACCAAAAGAUGUCAAUCACACCGGGCUGAGAAUGAGGAAGACAAGGGACAUCGACGAAGCGCUGAGCUAUCUGCUAGUGGGGACAGGGAAGAAUGCGGAAAGUGCGAGGACGGAGGAGGGGCUUGUUGGGUGGUAUACGAACGAGGUCAGGCUGCAUUUUGCGAAAUAUGUCAGACCGAGCUUACAAGAGCUGUGGGCAAAGGAGAUUCCGUUGAGCGCUACCUGGGAUACUCUUGAAGAAACGCAGCGCAUCCUCGACCGAGCCCAGAGUUUCUACCGCCAACCGUUCGACGAGCAUAUAAUGCCUUUCUUACAUCAAGAUGCCAGCAACAUCACCAUACGGGCAAGCAUGGACGAAGAUACUAUAGACACGGGAAUAGUAGAUGGUGCGAAGAGCAGAUUCCAACUGGAUAUGCAUGCUGCUUUUUCGCACAGUCUUCCGUCAAAUCGGUUCUCUAAGACACUGGGUCACGUCUUGUACGAUGCAGGCUGCAGGCUCUUCCGCUUUCACAUACGGUUGGAUGGCGUUCAACAUAUCUAUGCACCCGAAAGUGCAGACGAAGUGCGAGAUCGGAUAGCAGCCCUUCUCGUGGAUUUACAGCGUGUUGGUCUGGGUGGAGAUAUGGCACAGAGGGCAUUCGGUCACUCAAUGAACAAGUUAGUGGACACAUUCAUUGGCAGCCAUUACUUGAAAGUGGACUGGUUCGCGAAGGAAUGUGUGGUGCCCGAGAUGAGGAACUGGGUCGAGAACGGUUUUCGUCCACUUGCGGAGCUAGUUCUAGAUUGCCUACAAUGCGAGUCUACAAAAGUAGAAUCAACGCAAUUGAAAGAAUGGCAGGAGAUGGCAAUGUCUAGGUUGGGUCGGGCGAGAGUGGCGAAUCUAUUUGACUUUAUCAUUCACUGGGAUCGAAGCUUGGGUGCGAUUCUUGAUCUCAAGGAAUACUUGAAGCUCGAAGGCGCAAAAGAAUUCCUGAAAACCAGUUUCUCGCGACAGGUCUCUAUGCGCCUUCUCCAUCAAGGCGCGACGACAACGUACAUUUUGAAUGUUUACAUCUCGAUAAUACGUGCUUUCCAUACGCUGGAGCCUAAAGGAGUCCUGCUUCAAAGCGUAGCACGUCCGAUACGUAAAUAUCUCAAAGACCGGGAAGACACGGCUCGUAUCAUCAUUGCGAGCCUUCUGAUCGAUGUAGAUGAUGAGAACGAGCGCAAUCUUCCUUCCAACGGGGAGUUGUGCUAUGAGAUUGCGAGUGAGAUGGCUAAACCAUUUGCGCAUACCGACACGACCGAUGAUGAAUUCAACUGGAACGAUCUGAACUGGCAGCCUCUUCCACACGACGCAUCUCCGGAAUAUAAGAAGUCCAAAGUCGAAGAUGUGAUAUACUUCCUUCUCACUCUAUGGGAUAGGGAUAGUUUCAUCAAUGAGUUGAAAAACAUUCUGGGCGCUCAUUUGCUGCGCUGUCAGGAUCCUGAGUUCCAGAAAGAAAUUCGCCUUUUAGAACUCAUCAAAAUUCGACUAGGCGAGGAGAAACUCCAAGCAUGCGAAGUCAUGCUCCGCGAUGUGCUCGAAUCCAGACGCAUCAACGACGCCAUACGCAGUGCUGCCGAAACCUCCGCUCAGAGAGAACAGAUGCUCCAAACCCCUCGAACACCUCGAUCAAAAUCACUGCGGUCCCGUCGGCAAUCCUCUGUACCGAUCUCUUCCCAGCCUCCCCCGGGCCCUGCUCUCAAUGCGCAAAUUCUCUCCUCUUUCUUCUGGCCCGUUCUUCGUGAUGACGAUUUCCAUGUCCCAGCGGAGAUAUCAGCACUACAGAAAGACUACGAAUCGCGCUUCGAGCGUAUCAAGGGGAUGCGCAAACUGCACUGGAUGAACGCCCUUGGCGAGAGCCGCAUCACACUCGAACUGGAAGACCGCACCGAAGAGUUCGAGCACCUCGCUCCAUGGCAAGUCAGCGUCAUCCACGCUUUCCAACCGCAGUCCGAUGAGCAAACGACAACAGCACCAAUAUCCCGCACCAUUGACCAACUGGAAGAAAUGCUGGAAAUGGAUGACGCUCUCGUAAAGCAAGCCGUCGCCUUCUGGGUCGGCAAAUCGGUGCUCCGCGAAACGUCAAACUCGACCUUCAUUGUAGUCGAGAACCUGAGCUCGACCGAUAACCCCGUCGAUAGCGAUGCUGCGGCUGUCGCUAAGGAACUGGCCGAGGUGCAGGCCGCACAGACGAGCACGGUCAAGAGCCAGGCGGAUCUGCUCGAUGAGAAGAAGGAUGUUUAUAUGAGCUUUAUUGUGGGUAUGCUGACGAACCAGGGGAAUAUGGGUGUUGGUAGGAUAUUGAUGAUGAUGCGCAUGAUGGUGCAGGGGGGUUUCCCUUUUGCGGAGGAGGAGGUCAAGGUGCUUCUUGCACAGCUGGAAGAGAGCGAGAAGGUGGUUUCGUUGGGUGGGGAUAUCUGGAGUAUCAAGAAAUAA